AUGAUCAAGAGAAAGCUCUCUCCCUUGAGGCUCAAAAGCCUUCUUUCUCCAUUUUUUUUCACUACGUAUGUAUCCCCGAACACUCUUCACGCGCCAAUCAGACAACUUCCAUCCUUAAACCCUUCUAAAACCCUCACAUUCAUCUUUCUGGCAAAGCCCUUCUCGUCACAGUCUUUGAAAAAUCAAUCUUUUCCGAAACUUCCCCUUACAAGGGAUGGAAACUACGAGGAAGACGACCAACAACACUUCCCCAUCUGCCCCGGCUGUGGAAUCCGAAUGCAAGACAUUGACCCCAAGCAGCCGGGGUUUUUCAUCGAGCCCGCAGCCAAAGGCCCGAACUAUAAGAGAUUCAGGAAAAUGGUUCCCGUCCUCGACGAUUCCGAAAUCUCAGAUUCCAUCAAGAGGGGAUUCGCGAACGAGAUUCUGGACGUCCGGGGACGCGAGAAUCCGGAAACAGAACAUCAGGUGUUUGAAAAAAUGCCGCAGAAGUUUGAAAGCCCGAUAAACAGCGGCCCGGAUGGUAGACGGGCUAGUCAGUUGCCCGUUGUCUGCGCAAGGUGUCACAGCCUCAGGCACUACGAGAAGGUGAAGGACCCGAGUUUGGAGAACUUGCUACCUGAUUUUGAUUUCAACCACACUGUUGGGAAAAGGCUUGUGUCGGUGGGUGGGGCCCGAACGGUGGUUUUGUUUGUAGUGGAUGCUGUCGAUUUUGAUGGUUCGUUCCCCAGAAAGGUGGCAGAUACAGUGUACAAAACGAUUGAUGAAAAUUUAGGAUCAUGGAAGGAAGGGAAGUCGGGGAAUAUACCUAGGGUAUUGUUAGUAGUGACAAAGAUUGAUCUUUUGCCGAGCUCCAUUUCGCCUACUAGGCUCGACCAUUGGGUUCGGUCGAGGGCGAGGGAAGGUGGAGCUGGGAAGAUAACGGGUGUGCAUUUGGUGAGCGCUAUGAAAGAAUGGGGCGUGAGGAGUUUAGUGGAUGAUGUGGUUAAAUUUGCCGGGCAACGAGGGAAUGUAUGGGCCGUGGGGGCCCAGAAUGCCGGGAAGAGCACGCUGAUUAAUGCCAUAGGGAAAUGUGCCGGCAUGAGAGCUUCCAAUUUGACUGAGGCAUCUGUGCCGGGGACCACAUUGGGGAUUGUCAAGAUGGAAGGCGUGCUUCCAGGGAAAGCUAAGUUGUUGGAUACUCCGGGCCUUUUGCAUCCUCACCAGGUUUCAACUAGGUUGACAUUAGAGGAGCAGAAGCUAGUUCGUGUAGACAAAGAGUUAAAGCCCAGAACGUAUAGGAUCAAUGCAGGACAUUCCGUUCAUAUUGGUGGGCUCUUGAGGUUGGACUUAGAGGAAUCUUCAGUAGAUUCUAUUUAUGUCACAGUAUGGGCUUCCUCUCUGCUACCUUUGCAUAUGGGGAAGACAGAGAAUGCUUCUAGAAUGCUGGAAGAACAUUUUGGCCGUCAGUUGCAGCCCCCAAUUGGCGCAGCACGAGUUAAACAGCUCGGAAGGUGGGUAAAAAAGGAAUUCCUUGUUAACGGCGACACAUGGAAUUCGAGCUCGGUUGACAUUGCGGCUGCUGGGCUCGGUUGGUUUGCCAUUGGACUCAAAGGAGAAGCUCAAUUGGGCAUUUGGACAUAUGAAGGAGUCGAUGUGGUUGUUCGAAAUGCUUUACUUCCUCAAAGGUCGCGCAGUUUUGAAGUGGCAGGUUUCACAGUCUCGGAGAUCGUUUCCAAAGCUGAUCGAGCAAGGAACAAGCAGCACCAAAACUCAAAGAAACUGAAUACCGGCAACUUGGCUAAUAAAGAUUUGAGUUUGAAUGACUCGUCAUCAUUAAUGCCCGAGUCCAACUCCUCGUGUUCCACUCCAUUGAUUUUAAAUGUUGACACGGGUUCGAAUCUGGAGGAGCCUCCGGCUUCAUGA